AUGUCGGUGGGAGGUUGUGAGGAACUCGCCAUCACACAAACAAAGGGAGAACGAAAAGAUGCGAGGGGAAGGAAGCCUACUGGAGGAAUAUCGCCGGAACACAGACAAAGAAACACCGAAAAACUCAAAGACGGGAAGGAAGCUUACUGGAAGGUUGUCGGAGGAGCAGGAAAGGAAGAAUAUCGUCGGAGGAGCACAGAGACAGAGUCGCCAGAGAACACGAAGAAGAAAGUGCGCAAAGGCGGCGACAAGCCCGGGUUUAUAAACCUCAGGAGGAAGGUUAUGGAAAACAUUGAAAAAAAGGUUGAGCAAAACAUUUCUGCACCUUUGUCAUCGGACACUAAUGCAUCUGCAACCGCUCAUUUUAAUCCUAAUACUCAAGCUGUGGAGGGUUCUGACUCAUCAUCGAAGCCACACCUUCACCAACGAAUUAAUGUUCAUGAACCCGAAUCAGUGGUUGAGCCUGAAGAAAUUCCAGAGCAUGAAAAUGAAAAAAGAAAUUCUGUUGAAGUCAGUGUUGAGAUCAGUAUUGAUUCUUCCUCCUCCACCGACUCAAGUAAUGCUGAAGAGAGAUCCACAAUGCAACCUUUCGAACUCAAUCUCCAGAAGGAUUUCAGACAAGCAAAAAAGAACUUGUUGGAGUCUACUAAAUCAUUUAAACGUGGAGAAGUUGUCGAUUCAAACAGAGGAGUAAUUGAUACUGCAGUACCUUUCGAAUCUGUUAAGGAAGUUGUGACCAAGAUUGGAGGAAUCCUUGAUUGGAAAGCUCAUAAGGCAGAUACAUUGAAGGAGUUUGGUUCUGUAAAAGGACGAAGCUUUCGCCAUUGUAGGAUCCCGGAGUCUGGCUCUGUACGAAACCAAAAUCAAGUUAUUUCCGAACUUGAGAGAAUUCACAUAGAAAUUUCUGAGUGCAAAGGGCAAUUUGAAGCUGCACAAGAGGCUAAAAUCCAAGCAUUGAGGGAGCUAGAAGUCACUGAGAGUAUCAUAGAAGAACUACAGUUGAAGCUUGAGAAAGCCCAAAAAGAAGAGCCCCGAGCAAAACAAGACUCUGAGCUGACCCAGCUGAGGGUGAAAGAAGUGGAGCAAGGUAUUACUAGUGAAGCCAGCCUCGUCACUAAAGCACUGCUUGAGGUAGCCAAAGAAAGACAUGAAGCGGCUGUUGUGGAACUGGCAUCAGUAAAGGAGGAACUAGAAGCCUUACGAGGGGAGAAGCCUUUAUUGAUCAAUGAAAGAGAUGUAGCAAUGAGUGAAACUCAGGAAGUUGUUUCUUUAGCAAAAGAACAUAGAAUUGGAGAAUCCUUGUCAAGAAAUGAAGAUUACUUGAGAUGGAAAAAGGAACUUAAAAUGACUGAAGAGGAAAUGCAUGAGCUUGAUCGACAACUUGCAUUGACAAAGGAUCUUAGACACAAACUAGAUACGUCAACAAAAUUACUACAGUCACUCAAGGAUGAUCUAUCGAAGUACAUGAGCGAAAAGUUGAAACAAGAUUCUGAGAACAAUGACAAAGAGAAAUCAGAUGAUGAAACAGACAAAAGUGCGUACCAAAUUCAGGCACUAGAUACAACAAGAAAGUCACUUGAAGAAGUGAGGAUUAGCAUGGUGAGAGUGAAAGCUAAAGUGGACUGUCUUAGUGUUGAAGCUGUAUCACUCAAGUCUGCACUUGAUGCUGAGAAAGCAGCUAUUUCGACGUUAAAGCAGAAGGGAGGUGCGGCAUUGAUAGUAGUUUCUUCUCUUGAAUCUGAUCUUGAUAGGACAAAACAAGAACUUGAAGUGGUGAAGAUAAUGGAAAGGGAAACCAAAGACAAAAUGAUGGUGCUGCCAAUGUUGUUACAUCAAAAGACGGAGGAAGUAGAUCAAGCUAAGGCAGCUGCUCUGAUGGCAAGAAAACAGCUACGAAAAGCCAAGGAGGAAGCGGAGCUGGCAGAAGCCUCCACGAGCACAAGGGGCAAAUUACUGGUAGCUCUGAAGGAAAAAGAAGCGGCUCAAGAAUCAGAGAACGUUGCAUUAACAGCAGCUAAAGUGUUGCAGGAGAGUGCGCAGACUGCACAAAUCGGGGGCAAGGACUCUCUGCCACAUCUGAUCCUUCCACCAGAUGAAUACUUGACUCUCAAUAAAAGAGUCCAUGAAGCUGAGGAACUCGCACACAAUAAAUUGGCAGCCGCCGUCGCACAAAUUGAUGAGGCUAAGAUAUCACAAAACAUUAGUAUAGAGAGAUUAAAAGAAGCAUGUAGAGAGUUGGAAGAGUGUAAAGAAGCCUUUAAAGUGGCGAAUGACAAGGCAAAGAAGGGCCAGGAAGAAAAAUUGGCUGCAGAACAGGAACUGAGGAAAUGGAGAACCGAACUUGAACAGCGAAGAAAAGCUAACGAUGCAGUUAAAGCUUCAGUGGCUCCCCUGAGAAGUCCACCAACUGUGCAAAAUGAUGAACUCAAGAGCAUGAGAAUGGAAGAAAAUGAUGAUGUAGUUCAUGCUGGGCCAGGAGAGAUUGAGACUGGUGUGGUAGUUAAGAAGAAGAAAGCAUUCUUUCCAAGAUUAGCUCAUCUCUUGCCCAAGAAAAGCACCCAGCAAGUGAACUCACGGGGGCCAUUUGCAUGCUUGCAUGCUUACUAUUUCGAAGCUUGACCUUGUUUGU